CAUUUGUGUGCGCGUGUUUGUGUGUAGUAUGUAAACAAUUCGUGAGGCUUGCAGCAAUUUACGGUUUCAGGUGGAGCAGUUUUUAUCAAUAGAAUUUACUUAUACCGAUGGAUGAUAACUUCCAGGACAGUGCAUCCGACGAUGGGGGGUUCGAUUUGCAGCAAGAGAUAGCACGUAGUGCAUUCGCCGACAUGUGUCACGAUUGGGAACGCAAUCAGAAAUAUGACCGAGCGCUACAGCUAACGAUAAGCCGAUUGCACGCCGCUGGGCAGCAAGCACACGUGCUGGACAUUGGCACCGGCAGUGGACUGCUCUCGAUGAUGGCCGUUCGUGCUGGGGCCGACAGUGUAGUCGCAUGCGAAGCAUUCCGUCCGAUGGCUGAAUGUGCCGAAAAGAUCAUCGAGGCUAACGGAAUGCAAGAACGCAUACGGCUAGUGAAGAAACGCUCAACCCAACUGUCGGUUGGUCCUGGCCAGGAUAUGGACCGGCGGGCGAACGUACUAGUGACGGAACUAUUCGAUACCGAGCUAAUUGGUGAGGGAGCUCUCGGUACAUACCGACAUGCCUUACAGCAUCUGCUGACGGAUGACGUACUGACGAUACCACACCAAGCUACCGUAUACGGACAAGUGGUAGAGUGUCCACUUGCGCUUAGUUGGCAACAGUUGAAGACGCUCUCGAAUGCCGAUGGUGAUAUUCUGUUACGUGUUCCCCCGGAAGUGGUGGCCUGCCGCGGUUCUAGCGCUGUAUUCGACAUCCAGCUGAGUCAACUGCCGGUGGGUAGCUUUAACGCACUUACCGAUCCGGUGCCCGUGUUCAAGUUUAACUGGAGCAAACACGAUCUGCUGGUAAACAAUCGAAAUGAGAAACACAAUUGCCAAGCGCGUACGUCCGGUUUCCCGCAGGUUGUCUUUAUGUGGUGGGAUUUAGUAAUGGACAGCGAGGGUGAUGUGUUACUAAGCUGCGCACCAUACUGGGCUCAUCCGGACCACGCGAUAUUAAAGCAGAAGCAAGCAGAACACACCAUAAAACAUCGCACGCCGGAAGGAAAUUUCAUCCCUUGGCGGGAUCAUUGGAUGCAGGCCGUUUACUUUUUACCACCGACCAAAAAACCUCUCGAACGAGGCCACCAGUUUGUGCUGCAGGCUUAUCAUGAUGAAUAUUCGCUAUGGUUUGGUAUUGGCGAUCAAAUGUCAAAUCCGCUCAGCUCGCCGCAUUGCAUCUGCGGAUGGCACAUUGCACAGUCGCGAUCACGCAUCGGACAGCUUAAUGAUAGUCUACGCAACAAGCGUUACUUGAACUACUUCGAGCGGGUAUUUUCGGGCGAUUCCGUCGUGUUGGUACUGAGCGAAGGUUCACUGCUUGGACUGGCUGCUGCCAGGAUGGGCGUGAAGCAGGUGCUUCUGUACGAACCGAAUGCAAUAUCGCGCCGCUGCAUGGAAGCGUUUGUUGAGCACAACAGUGUACCCAAUGUGCGGUUCCUGUCGUCGGCUGAUGCACUCGAGCCAGACCAAGCCACGUCCGUGACGCACGUAUUUGCUGAACCGCACUUUCCUUCCGCAAUCCUGCCCUGGGACAACUUGCACUAUGGAGAUUUGCUCAAAAAUCUUCGCCCGAUGCUUCCCACCACCGUCACUGUCAUUCCAUCGUCUGGUACACUUUAUGCAUUGCCGGUGGAAUUUUUAGAUUUGCAUAAAAUAAACACCCCGCUCGGUACCUGCGAGGGUUUCGAUCUUUCACUGAUGGAUCGUUUAAUCGAACGGCACUCGACGUAUGCAGAUUCGCCGAUCGAAGCGCAACCUUUAUGGGAAUAUCCGUCCUAUUCGUUGGCCGGAGCGAUACGACUGAUGGAGAUAGAUUUUGUGUCGGAUUUCGAGCAGUCUAAAAUUGUGCACGGUGAAAUGUGUGUCUCCGAACCGGAACGAUUGAAUGGAAUAGCGAUAUGGAUCGAUUGGCAUCUGGACGGUAGUCAUAGUCCGAAAACGACCAUAUCGAGUGGACCGCUAGUGCCGGUCGAGGAGGCUUCCGAUGAACCGAUACGAUGGAACGCAAAUUGGCGACAGGGAGUGCAUCUCUUGCGGAAGCAACCGAAUAGGAAGGAAAUAAUUCCGUGGACUGUGAAGUUGAAUCCAGUGUUAAACAAUGUAUACUUUCAAUUCGAUUAUGAGGAUCAAUAAAUGAAACCAUAGUUGAAAUGUGUUGUUACAUUAA